CAAGCCCUCAGGUAGCAGCGGGGCCAGCGGCUGAAGGCUUGGGAACUUGCUGCUAAGUUGCCAAAAGGCACUGGCGGACAGAGACCGCCGUAUGCGAGCGCCUCGCCACCACCGCACGAAGCGGGAGGAAAAGCGAGCAAGGCUGACAUCGCUCGUGUCAAUCAAAUGACCGCGAAAGAGCCUGCUCAGACCACCUGCAGAUGCUGCCACCCAAUGCAGUAAAGUCGAUGCAAUCAUCCCUGGGAAGAAGGGAAGUCUAGCUCCAAAGAGUCUCUCUUGUCAGAGUUGUAUUGAUGAGCAGAUGCUAUUUUUAUUUUAUGAAUUAAUGUUCAAAAAAACCAAUAAUUAUUUAAAGCAGACCACAGGUUAAAGCACUCCACACAGCAACGCAUUUGCAGCAGAUGAGAAGGUUGCUGAAAACCUGAUCCAGCACCAUCUUGCAGCCUCUCCAAUUUACUCCUAUCAAAUUUCAUCAGCAACUCAGAACUUGAUCUUUCUAUUGAUUGACUGGAGUCACCUCUAGAUAUUUUCAUGCUGAUUUGGAAGUCCUUUCAUACAAUAAGAAGGGGAACAAUGAGGUUAAGGAAGACUUUUGACCACUGAUGAGCAAUUUAACCAAAACUUUCCAAAUCAAGUGAUUUGCAAAUUUAGCUUCUGCCUUGAGAGCAGCUUUCAGUGUCUGAACACAACGUGGAGAGCGGGGUCAUUCCUAUCAUCACCUGGGUCUCCUUAGAGUGGAUCACUUUUAGAUGAGGAGUUUCCAUGCUGAUCCUGAGAGCAACCCCUAGCCCAGUAGCUGCCUUUCUCGGGACUCUUGGUGCUUCCCUUGCCCGGGGAUCCGGCCCUCGGUCCCAGCUGCCAUGCCGUACCUGGUUGCUCUCCUUUUGCACUGUCUGCCCCUGGCCAUGGGACAAUAUGACAUUUGCAAGUCCUGGGUGACCACGGAUGAUGGCCCAUCAUGGGAGUUCUAUGCUUGCCAACCCAAGGCCAUGCGGAUGAAGGAUUACGUGACAGUAAGAGUGGAUCCAGCAGGAAUCACUUGUGGGGACCCGCCCGAGAGAUUCUGCACUCACGAGAACCCGUACCUGUGCAGUGACGAGUGCGAUGCCUCCAACCCGGACCUGGCCCACCCGCCCAAACUCAUGUUUGACACGGAGGACGAAGGGCUGGCUACGUAUUGGCAGAGUGUGACGUGGCGCCGCUACCCAGAGCCGCUGCUAGCUAACAUCACGUUAUCCUGGAAUAAGAGCAUCGAGCUGACGGACGACAUCGUGAUAACCUUUGAGUACGGCCGGCCCACCAUCAUGAUGCUGGAGAAGUCCCUGGACAACGGGAGGACUUGGCACCCAUACCAAUAUUACGCAGAUGACUGCAUGGAGGCAUUCAGCAUGCCAGCACGGAGGGUCAGGGACCUCUCUACCACCAGUGCCAACAGGGUCCUCUGCACAGAGGAAUAUUCCCGCUGGGCGGGCUCCAAGAAGGAGAAGAACGUCCGCUUCGAGGUGAGGGAUCGCUUCGCCAUCUUCGCUGGCCCAGACCUGAAGAACAUGGACAACUUGUACACCCGGCUGGAGAGCGCCAAAGGCCUGAAGGACUUCUUCACCGUGACUGACUUGAGGAUGAGGCUGCUGAGACCGGCCCUCGGUGGCACCUACGUGCAGAGGGAGAAUUUGUACAAGUACUUCUAUGCUGUCUCCAACAUUGAAGUCACUGGCAGGUGUAAAUGCAACCUCCAUGCCAACCUGUGCACCUUCAGGGAGGGCAGCCUUCAGUGCGAGUGCGAGCACAACACCACGGGGCAGGACUGCGGCAAGUGCAAGAAGAACUUCCGCUCCAGGUCUUGGCGAGCGGGAUCCUACCUGCCUCUCCCCAACGGGUCGCCCAACGCAUGUGCGGCUGCGGGCUCGGCCUUCGGCAUGUACGAGCGAGCGCAGCGCGGUACCACCACCAAACCGACCACCACUACAUCACGUACCACCACCACCACCACCACCACCUCCACCCAGCCAGCAACCAGCAUCAAACCAGCCUCUGAGCUUGCUGCAGCUAUGCCCAUGCAGGAGACACAGGAAAAAACAGCUGUUGAGCGCCCACCGAGCACCGCAGCGCUCAGACCCCGGCCGAAGCCACCAAAGCCUCCGGAGAGCAUCCGAGCGGCGCCGAGGAGCAAAGCCGGGCGGACAGCACACUCUGCAGGCAAGAGGCACGGCAAGAAGGCAGCGUCCUCAAAGAUCUCAAAACUCAUCCGGCUCAAACCAGACUCUGGCCCCAUGGCACCUGUUGAGGCGUAUGAAGACUGCGAGUGCUACGGCCACUCCAACCGCUGCAGCUACAUUGACUUCCUGAACGUGGUGACCUGCGUGAGCUGCAAGCACAACACCCGGGGCCAGCACUGCCAGCACUGCCGCCUGGGCUUCUACCGCAACAGCUCGGCCGAGCUGGACGACGAGAACGUCUGCAUAGAGUGUAACUGCAACCAGAUCGGCUCCGUGCACGACCGCUGCAACGAGACCGGCUACUGUGAAUGCAAGGAAGGCGCCACGGGGCCCAAGUGCGACGACUGCCUGCCCAACUACUACUGGAGACAGGGCUGUUUCCCCAACGUCUGCGACGACGAGCUCCUGCUCUGCCAGAACGGCGGCACCUGCUACAGGAACCAGCGGUGCCUCUGCCCCGUGGGCUUCAAGGGGGUCCUGUGCCAGCAGUCCCGGUGCGACACCGAUGGAAAGGACUGCGACGCCGCCUCCGGCGCCCGCGCCAGCCUCGGCACCGUCCUCCUCGGUGCGCUGGCCCUCCAGCUGCGAGGCUGCGUGGACCUCUGAAGCCCGCGCGGGAGGCAGCACGGUCCAGGCACAUCACCGGAGGACGCGGGGGGACUAAGGAAACCGACGGCUCUCCCCGCCGUCUCCGCAGCCUUCCUUCCCGCUAGGACUUGCACAACGUCUUUCGGCCCGCUUGCCAAGCAGAGAGGUACGCAGAAAACCAGGGGCUGACCGCUGGCCACGAAACCGCCGCGGCCCCGGCCGGAG